GCCAGCCACGCAACACUAGAGCUACUGAAAACAUGGCUGCUUCUGUACGGGUGAGGACGUGGAACAGCAAGGUUAGCUCAGUCAAACCCUGGCUCCUUCUUUUGACAGGGAUCAUUUUAUUGGGCGAUGUAAAUAGCGGGGUCAUGGCAGCACCAGAACCGGGACAAUGGAGUAUUACAGUUGUCAAUACCUCAAGACCAUUACUUUUGAGGAAAUCCAUGUAUAAAGACACUGAUAUCAAAUUGAAAGUUGUGUCCUUUGGUUGUCCAGAGGAGAUGACUUUUACCAUUCAAUGGUACUUGAAAUACUAUCCCUGCCACAAUGAGUUCAAUAAUAUUGAGGAAAUGUAUGAGAGGACGCCACUGAGUCGAGGACAGAGUAUGGAUCCUAACCCUCUAGGACAAGGGGAAUGCAUUGAGCACAAGCACAAGCCCUUGAGCUGCAACAAUGACCUGCGAUACUUCCCAAUGCUAAAUAAAGCCAAGGCAGAACCACGGCCAGUUGUCCCUCCCAUGGAAGGAGCAGCACCGGGCUCAGAUGAAAACUACACGAAGUGGACGAUGGAGGAGUACGACAAAGUCGGCAGUCUGAAGAACGGCAGUGUGUCGCUUAAACAUGACGUCAUCGCCACCACGUGGAAGGACGGCCCCUAUCUGCUGGUGGUGGUGAUUAAGUCUAACAAACAGGAAGCCAACUGGAAUCUAACAGUCAACGUCGUAAUGAAAGGAACUCACGGCUACAUCUCCAUCACGGAAUGGCCUCUCAUGAUCUUCUACAUGGUGAUGUGUACAGUGUACAUCCUGUAUGCGUUACUCUGGUUCCUGUGGGCUGCCUGCUACUGGAAGGACUUACUGAGGAUCCAGUUCUGGAUAGCUGGAGUCAUCUUUCUGGGCAUGGUGGAGAAGGCUGUGUUCUGUGCUGAGUACGAGAACACCAACGGUGUCGGGGCAGCUUCUCCAGGCCUGUUGAUCUUUGCUGAGCUCAUCUCUGCCCUGAAGAGAACCCUGGCACGGCUGCUGGUCAUUAUCGUCAGUCUGGGAUAUGGUAUAGUCAAACCUCGACUGGGUACAGUGAUGCACAGAGUGGUGGGACUAGGUGUGCUGUACUUUGCCUUUGCUGCCAUCGAAGGUGUGCUUAGGAUCACUGGGGCGAAAGACUCUGACCUGGCUCUGUUGGCCAACAUUCCUCUGGCUCUGAUUGACUCUUCUCUCUGCUGGUGGAUAUUUGUGAGCCUGGCUCACACUAUAAAGACACUGAAGCUGAGGAGAAAUCCAGUGAAGCUGUCUCUCUACAGACAUUUCACAAACACACUCAUCUUUGCCAUUAUAGCUUCAAUCAUUUUCAUGGUGUGGACGACGAAAAAAUUCAGACUAGCCGACUGUCAAUCUGACUGGGUGGAGCUGUGGGUAGAUGAUGCCUUCUGGAGGUUCCUGUUCUCCAUCAUACUGCUGGUUAUCAUGUUCUUAUGGAGACCCUCUGCUAACAACCAGAGAUAUGCGUUCACUCCACUGAUGGAUGACUCUGACGAUGAGGAGAUUGAGGAGUUCCUGGUGUCAGCUAAUUUAGCUGAUGGCAUAAAGCUGAGAGCCUCCAACUUUAAGAGUGAGACGAACGGCUCAGCCAAGCCUUCAGGAUCUAACCCGGAUGAAGACUUGAAGUGGGUAGAAGAGAACAUUCCUACCUCUCUAACAGACGUAGCGUUGCCUGUCCUUCUUGAUUCAGAUGAGGAAAUCAUGACUACAAAAUAUGAAAUGUCCAAGAUGGAGUAACAUGGGGAAAUCUUCCUACUACCCACGAUGGAUGCAGAGCAUCUCUUCCUUCUGAGAUUGGUUCGUCCUGCAUGGCAUGGAAGAGACAGAUCACCAGGAGCGCGACACCUCUCCCGUCCUAGGCCUGUUUAGGCUGAGAGUCAGACCUCUGUCUACAACACUACUGGGGCUUAACACCUCUGACUUGGCGAUCAGCAGGGUCCUAUUCAUUGGGUAUCAAAUGGAAGAAAACUGAUUUAAACAGGAGGUACUACCUGAACUUGUCCAAUAAGAAAUGCUGGUUAUAGUUUUCCGUUGCAAAACAUUUUUGCUGCGGUGUGCCCUAAUGUGUUUAGCCCUCUCACCCUCUCCACAAACCAAGACAUAACAAUUGAGUGUGUCCCAAAGUGCACCCUAUUCCCUAUUCAGUGCCUUCGGAAAGUAUUCAGACUCCUUUACGUUACUUACAUUUUGUUACGUUACAGCCAUGUUCUAAAAUUGAUUAAUUUUUUAUUUUUUUUCCUCAUCAAACUACACUCAAUAACCCAUAAUGACUGAAUGAAAAUAGGUUUUUAGAAUGUUUUGCAAAAUAAAAGAACUGAAAUAUCACAUUUCCAUAAGAAUUCAGACCCUUUACUCAGAACUUUGUUCAAGCAUUUUUGGCAGAGAUUACAGCCUCGAGUCUUCUUGGGUUUGUCACUAUAAGCCUGCCACGCCUGUAUUUAGGGAGUUUCUCCCAUUCUUCUCUGCAGAUCCUCUCGAACUCUGUCAGGUUGGAAGAGGAGUGUCGCUGCACCGUUUUUUUUUACGCUCUCAAGUGAUGUUAGCUCGGGUUCAAGUCCAUGCUCUGGCUGGGUCCCUCAAGGACAUUCAGAGACUUGUCCUGAAGCCACUCCUGCAUUGUCUUGGUUGUGUGCUUAGGGUCGUUGUCCUGUUAGAAGGUGAACCUUUGCCCCAGUCUGAAGUCCUGAGCGCUCUGGAGCAGGUUUUCAUCAAGGAUCUCUCUGUACUUUGCUCUGUUCAUCUUUCCGUCAAUCCUGUCUAGUCUCCAACUCCCUACCGCUGAAAAACAUCCCCACAGCAUGAUGCUGCCACCACCAUGCUUCACCGUAGGGGAUGGUGCCAGGUUUCCUCCAGAUGUGACGCUUGACAUUCAGGCUAACAAGUUCAAUCUUGGUUUCAUCAGACCAGAGAAUCUUGUUUCUCAUGGUCUGAGAGUCCUUUAGGUACCUUUUGGGACACUCCAAGAGGGCUGUUAUGUACUUUUUACUGAUGAGUGGCUUCUGUCUGGCCACUACCCUAAAGGCCUGAUUGGUGGAGUGCUGCAGAAAUGGUUAUUCUUCUGGAAGCUUCUCCCAUCGCCACAGAGGAACUCUGGAGCUGUGUGAGUCACCAUCGGGUACUUGGUCACCUCUCUGACCAAGGUCCUUCUCCCUUGAUUGCUCUAGGAAGUUCUUCCAUUUAAGAAUGAUGGAGGGCAGUGUAUUUGGGGACUUUCAAUGCUGCAGACAUUUUUUGGUACCCUUUCCCCAGAUCUGUGCCUUGGCACAAUCCUGUAUCAACCCCUAAGGACAAUUCCUUCGACAACAUGGCUUGGUUUUUUGCUCUGACUUGCACUGUCAACUGUGGGACCUUCUAUAGACUAGGGUGUGCCUUUCCAAAUCAUGUCCAAUCAAUUGAAUCUACCACAGGUGGACUCCAAUCAAGUUGUAGAAACAUCUCAAGGAUGAUCAAUGGAAACAGGAUGCACCGGAGUUCAAUUUCAAGUCUGAUAGCAAAGGGUCAGAAUACUUAUGCAAAUGAGGUAUUUCUGUUUGUUUCAAACAUUUCUGAAAUCCUCUUUUCACUUCGUCAUUAUGGGGUAAUGGUCAAAAGUAGGGAACUAUGGACCUGUGUGGCUCAGUUGGUACACCAUGGCGAUUGCAACGCCAGGGUUGUGGGUUCGAUUCCCACUGGGUGUCCAGUACGAUAAAGUAUGAAGAUAUAUGCACUCACUUCUGUAAUUUUCUCUGGAUAAGAGCAUCUGCUAAAUGACUAAUGUGUAUAGGGAAUAGGAUGCCAUUUGGGACAGUUUUUGUGAUAAAACUUGACUUUAUACUGUAUCUUUGAGAAGGGAACAAGCUGGUAUAUUAUUUCUACACCAAUUGGAUACAUUACGUAAUAUAGGACCAAUGUGAUAUUUUGAUGGAUGAUAAUUCAGAGGUGUGUGUAUAUAUAGUGUUUAUUAUAUCUCACUGAGUGAAGCUUUAUUGCUUCCUAACCAAAGUAUAAUGUGAUGUGUUGUGUGGGGGAUAGUUGUCUGCAUUGUGUUUUCUAUGCUGGGACACAGGAUUCAUUCGUUUAGUAUGAGUUACGCAGUACUAAACAGAAGUGUUGAUGUAAGUGUAGGAUCACAGGGCUUGGGUCUGUUCAGAUAGAAAUGUCUUGUGUAGAUUGUCUGUCAGAAGAAUAAUGCUAGAGCCGACACAAUUCCGUUCUAUCUGCUAUUGAUGUUCAGAAAGUUUCACAUCACUGAUGCACCCCUGACGUUGGUUAGUAGAGGCAGUACUUUAGUUGAGGCCCAUGGCAUUGAGAAGUUAUGAAUAAUUUAUUCAGCUUCUAUAGUGCUUUUCAUUAGACAGAAUCUCAAAGUGCUUGUUAAGCAAAAUAACCAACAAGCAUGUAUUUAAAGAUAUAGGCUACAACAGUAGAUGGGUCAAGUCUGAGUGUUUCCUGAAACCUCCAGAUGGACAGCUGCUCUCAUGAGAGGAUCUGGAAGCUCAUAGCUAGAUGGUCAUAAGCGGUGGUGGUCUGGUCAGCAUGUCCAAGGGCAGGCAGGUAGGCCGGCAGCUCCAUGUCAUCAGGGCGUCUCUGCCGUCUGCAGAUCCUCUGUAUUGGGACUGUGAUGAGCUUUGAGAUCCCCACCUUGUACAGUCAUCACUUCAGAAGUAUCCUCCAAAGUAAUGAAAAGCUGUCCCACUGCCUCUUGGAUCACCGUCGGUGAAAAGCAACCCUGAGUCAUUGGUGUAAUUCAAAUGAAAACACACCGGCUAGCUAGCAUUACCUAGCUUGUUGACAAUGCUGAUUUUCAUACAUUUCGUAGUGGUAGAAAAAGUACCCAAUUAUCAUACUUGUGUAAAAGUAAAGAUACCUUAAUAGAAAAUGACUCAAGUAAAAAUCAUCCAGUAAAAUACUACAUAAGUAUAUUUCGAACUAAAUACUUUUCCUCAAGUAUCAACAUUAAAUGUAAUUGCUAACAUAUACUUAAGUAUCAAAAGUAUAAAUCAUGUCAAAUUCCUUAUAUUAAGCAAAUCAGAUGGCACCAUUUUAUUUGAAUAUACAGAUAGCCAGGGGCACAUUCUAACACUUAAUUUACAAAUGAAGCAUGUGCGUUUAAGUGAGUCUGCCAGAUCAGAGGCAGUAGGGUUCUUUAAGAAUGUAGUGGAGUAAAUGUAAAAGUUGUCAGAAAUAUAAAUAGUAAAGUACAGAUACCCUAAAAAAACUACUUAAGCAAUACUUUAAAGUAUUUUUUACUUAAGUACUUUACACCACUACAAUUUAUGGGCAUGACUCAAAUUCAUGAUAUCAAGACUUGAUCUGCACUCAUUUAGCUAUUGAAAAAUGUAAAACUUGGUACAAAAUAUUAAAUAUGAUUACAUAUGUACAUGAGUUCUCUGCCGAGGCACCAUGGCAAUUAUAGAACCCAGGAGCUCCGUACUACUAUGGCUGACCAUGUAAAACAAAUCAUUUCACUGCACCUAUCAGGUGUAUGUGACAAAACAUUUUUUUUUUUUUCUGGUACCCUCCCCCUUUUUUAACAUUGUUUGUGCCCUAAAUGGUAUCCUAUUCCCUAUAUAGUGCACUACUUUUGACCAGAGCCCUAUGGGCCCUGGUAUAAAGUAGUACACUAAACAGAGGAUAGGGUGCCAUUUGGGACUAAUAUCGGUUCUUGUUUAAGUGUACUUCCACAGCAGUCUUAAGGCACUGCAUCUCAGUGCUAGAGGUGUCACUACAGACCCUGGUUCGAUUCCAGGCUGUAUCACAACCGUCUGUGAUUGUGCGCCGCCCUAUGGGACUCCCAAUCAAUUGGUCCAGCGUCCUCCGGGUUAGGGUUUGGCCGGGGUAGGCUGUCAUUGUAAACAAGAAUUUGUUCUUAACUGACUUGCCUAGUUAAAUAUUUUUAGGGGGUAUAUGUGCUAAAGCCUCUAGUUUACUCUCUUGGUUAAUUUAUGGGGAUAUUGUUAUUGUGUGUUUUAAUUUGAUCCCUGAUUUACUGUCUAUUCCUAAACUCAUUUUAAAGGAGAAACUAUUAGAAAUGACAGUCUCUGGUUAAUUCAUGCAUUUGUUUUGCCAUUGAAAAGGGGAUGUUGGUAUGACUCCAACAUAGCUAUCCCAAUCCCCAUGUUUUGUAAUAGUUGAACACUUUCAAAGUACACAUUUGUUGUCCGCCAUUUAUGAAAAGGUUCUGGUACUGGUGCCAGUUAGAUGGUGUCUGUUGAAGUCUUCAUAUGCAUGUUAUGGUGUAUGAGACGGCACAAAUGUAGGGGUGUUAGUUUCAUGUGGACCAACAAUCCCAAUAUUUAUUUAUCCAGGUAGGCCAGUUGAACAAGUUCUCAUUUACAACUGCGAUCUGGCCAAGAUGAUAAAGUAAAGCAGUGCGACAAAAACAACACUGUGUAUGCAAAUGUAGUAAGAUUAGGGAGUUAAGGCAAUAAAUAGGCCAUAGAGGUGAAAUAAUUACAAUUUAGCAUUUACACUGGAGUGAUAGAUGUGCAAAUAGAGAGUCUGUUUUCACCCCAGUAUAUGGUUACCAGUGAGCUGAGAAGGUGGGGCUUUACCUAGCGAAGACUUAUAGAUGACCUGGAGCCAGUGCGUUUGAUGACGAAUAUGUAGUGAGGGCCAGCCAACGAGAGCAUACAGGUCGCAGUGGUGGGUAGUAUAUGGAUGGCACUGUGAUAGACUGCAUCCAAUUUGCUGAGUAGAGUGUUGGAGGCUAUCUUGUAAAGGACAUCACCGAAGGCAAGGAUCGGUAGGAUAGUCAGUUUUACGAGGGUAUGUUUGGCAGCACGAGUGAAGGAGGCUUUGUUGCGAAAUAGGAAGCCGGUUCUAUAUUUUGGAUUGGAGAUGCUUAAUGUGAGUCUGGAAGGAGAGUUUACAGUCAACCAGACACCUAGGUAUUUGUAGAUGUCCACAUAUUCUAAAGUCAGAACCGUCCAGAGUAGUGAUGCUGGAUGGGUGGGCAGGUGCGGCAGCGAUCGGUUGAAGAGCAUGCAUUUAGUUUUACUAGCAUUUAAGAGCAGUUGGAGGCCAUGGAAGGAGUGUUGUAUGGCAUUGAAGUUCAUUUGUUAACAGUGUCCAAAGAAGGUCCAGAUGUAUAAUAAAUGGUGCCGUCUGCGUAGAGGUGGAUCAGGGAAUCACCAGCAGCAAGAGCGACAUCAUUGAUAUAUACAGAGAAAAGAGUCGGCCUGAGAAUUGAACUGUGUGGCAACCCAUAGAGACUGCCAGAGGUCCAGACAACAAGCCCUCCGAUUUGACACACUGAACUCUUAUCUGAAAAGUAGUUGGUGAACCAUAUCCCUAUGUUGACACCUAUGGAAACGAGAAGUGGUGAGUGACAGCCACAGCCCGUCCCAAUUCAUUCCCUCCCUCUUGGCCCCAGAAGUUUGCUGAUCUAAAGGGUAUUGGGGAAGUAUGCUGUGUAGAGGAGGAGCUUACACCUUACAGAUCUGCCAACAUCGAAGGGUUGCUUAGAGGUUUGUCACUAACACAGCCACAGCACCAUUUCACAAUUAUGACUUUGUGGCUGUGUUAACUAGUGAAGACCUACUCAGGGCCAAGAGGGAUGUAAAGUUUGGCAGGGAAUGAAUUGGGAUCAACAGACAUUGUGGAGCCCAGGGCCCAUAUUCACAAAGCGUUUCAGAGUAUGAGUGCUGAUCUAGGAUCAGUUUUGCCUUUAAGAUUAUAAUGAAUAAGAUUAGAGGGGCAGCAGGUAGCCUAGUGGUUAGAGUGUUGGGCCCGUAACCAAAAGGUUGCUGGAUCGAAUCCCUAAACUGACAAGGUAAAAAGCUAUGGCAGCCCCCCGCACCUCUCUGAUUGAGGGGUUGGGUUAAAUGCAUUCAGUUGUACAACUGACUAAGUAUCCCCCUUACAUGGACAGGGGAGAUCUGAUCCUAAAUCAGCACUGGGCCCUGACUGUAAGUAACCUGCAGAGGCCCCUGUGUUUGACAUUUUUACAUCAGGGUACCCCUAUGUACCAUCACCUUCCACCCUGUGACCCCUUUUCUAGUGAUCAGGCACUUUUUAGAACCUCCUUUAGUGGCUGAUGUAAACCUCUAAGAGAUGCUUGUCAAUGAUGGCCUCACAAGUGACGAUCAUGAGGUCUGUUUCUUCGUGUUCCCAUAAUGCGGCAUUUGUUGUCGUUUCUCUGAUGCUGGCUGGAGUUGAGUGUUAGCUUUGUUGCUGAUAUGUUGGAGGUUUUGAGGUAGAGAGAGUGAUAGAGAGACUAGAGUUCUACCUGAAAAAAAAAGAUCCUCAUCGUCUUCUCUACUGUUGGACUACCUCCAGACAUUUAUCCCACAUCGAUCCACAGCCGACCUCACCGUCCUCCAAAUUGUUUUCUGAAAUAGCCCACGGACAAAAAUCUCACUGCUUUUCUGUUUUCAUGAAGUGACUCACGCUCCGGGGGAAAGAAGAAUUGAACCCUGUGGGCACCCCCAUAGAGACUGCCAGAGGUCCGGACAACAGGCCCUCCGAUUUGACACACUGAACUCUAUCUGAAAAGUAGUUGGUGAACCAGGCGAGGCAGUCAUUUGAGAAACCAAGGCUAUUGAGUCUGCCAAUAAGAAUGCGGUGAUUGACAGAGUCGAAAGCCUUGGCCGGGUCGAUGAAGACUGCUGCACAGUACUGUCUUUUAUCGAUGGCGGUUAUAUCGUUUUGGACCUUGGAUAGGCACAAGGGGUUUAUGUUGGAUUGGUCAAUGUUGUCCUCUGCAGCCUAGGCACAAGGUUAGCGGGUUUAUGUUGGAUUGGUUCAUGAUGUUGUCCUCUGCAGCCUAGGGACAAGGUUAGGGGGUUGUCCAUUUACUCGUUGUCAACUCCCAACUAUUUCCUUAGACCUGUCCAGAAACAACCCCUACCCCCUAGAUGUUCCAAUCUUUCCCCUCCGAUCUCGUGUGUAGGCAGUAGGGUCUAGGGAUGCGUUUGGGAAUCAGACCUAGUGUAUUUGGAGCUUUUCCUAACUUGUAGAAAAUCAGAAUUAGAUGCUUCUUCUUACUCAGACCCUGGCUGCCUUCAUGCUCAUUCUUUCCUUGUCAUGUAGCCUACGACUGUAUUCACUUGUCUGUUAUUUUCACAGAACAGUCUGGUUUUGGCUGACUGUUAGUCCUGUUGUUUCCUAAGUCACCAGGUGACUGAAUAUUUAUUGCCUUGUACCUAUUUUUGGAAUGUUUGUCUUCAGAACUAUGCUUGAACAUUUCAUUCCAGGGCUGCUUCUGAAAUGGCACCCUAUUCCCUGUAGAGUGCACUACUUUUGACCAGAGCCCUAUUCCCUAUAGAGUGCACUACUUUUGACCAGAGCCCUAUUCCCUAUAGAGUGCACUACUUUUGACCAGAGCCCUAUUCCCUAUAGAGUGCACUACUUUUGACCAGAGCCCUAUUCCCUAUAGAGUGCACUACUUUUGACCAGAGCCCUAUUCCCUAUAGAGUGCACUACUUUUGACCAAAGCCCUAUUCCCUAUAGAGUGCACUACUUUUGACCAGAGCCCUAUUCCCUAUAGAGUGCACUACUUUUGACCAGAGCCCUAUUCCCUAUAGAGUGCACUACUUUUGACCAGAGCCCUAUUCCCUAUAGAGUGCACUACUUUUGACCAGAGUUCUAUUCACCCUGGUCAAAAGUAACUCACUAGAUAGGUGCCAUUUGGGAAGUACAUAUUCAUUUGCCUGUAUGUCUAUUUAUUUCUGUUGACUUGGAGAGAAAGAGAAUCUGUAUUUCUGAUUGUUAUUGUAAUACAAUGGUUCAUUUAAUUGUAAAUAAAACAUGUUUAUUUGA